AUGAAGCUUCUCACACUUCUAGGAUGGAUAAUACUAUUGUCUGUUACAUUUGUGUAUGGUAAAGAUUACUACGGUAUACUAGAAUUAUCAAAAGAUGCUGAUGAUAAACAAAUUAAACUGUCUUAUAGACAAUUGAGUAAGAAGUACCAUCCAGAUAAAAAUCCAUCGCCUGAAGCGCAUGAAAAAUUCAUAGAAAUAGGUGAAGCUUAUGAAGUGUUGUCUGACCCAGAUAAAAGAGCUAAAUACGAUAAGUUUGGCGAUCCCAAUGGACCACAACAGGAUGAUAUGGACUUUGGAGAUAUUUUCAACCAGUUCUUUGGUGGGGGCUUUGGUGGAGGAGGUGGUAGACAAAGAGGAAAGAGACGAGGCGACAAUACCAAGGCGAACAUGCAUCUCUCGUUAUACGACUUUUACAAUGGUAAAGAUGUGGAUUUCGAUGUGGACAUGUUAAAUAUUUGUAAUGCGUGUGAAGGAACCGGGUCUGAAGAUAAGUCAAAGCAUCAAUGUGACCGGUGUAACGGGAGCGGUUUCCUCAAAAUGCAAAGACAAUUGGCUCCAGGUAUGAUCCAGACCUUCAACACUCAUUGCGACAAAUGUAACGGUAAGGGGACUACUAUUAAACAUCAUUGUAAAGAAUGUGGUGGCAAGGGAACUGUAAGAGUAUCGAGACAUUAUAAUGUUUAUGUUCUGCCGGGUGUUCCUCGAGACUCCAGCCAAGUUUUGGAGGGUGAAGGAGAUCAGAAUCCUGAUUGGAUCCCGGGCGACCUUAUCUUAACUUUCCGUGAAGAGUUUGUGUCAAGCUGGGGUUACAGACGGAUCGGUAACAAUCUCUACAGAACGGAAGUGCUCAUUCUCAAAGAGGCAGCACACGGUGGGUGGAAGCGUCAUAUUCCGUUUUUUGACUCCAUUGACCACGAAAUCACUAUUGAGCGUGCUAAGGGAGCUGUUGUUCUCAACGGUGAAGUCGAAAUCAUCCCCCAUAAGGGUAUGCCAGUCGCAGGAGAAGACGACCAUUUUGGCGAUUUGUUCAUCGAUUAUAAAGUCAUCAUACCCGAAGCUUCAGCCCAUUCCAAGGAUGAAUUGUAG